CCGCUGGCCAGCGGGCUGCGGGGGCGGCCCUCCGCGGCCGCCGGCGCGAGGGCUGGCAGCCCGGCCCCGCGGGCGCGGGCCGCAUCGUCCAGCCCGGCGCCCGGCCAGGCGGCCGUGCCGUCGCGGCGGCUCCCGGAAGGAACUUGCCAACUGGCUGGCUGGAUUGCCCUCCUAUGCCUGGCUCAGCUGGCAAUGUUCAUCUUUACCAAGAGGGUUACACAGCUGGCGCGGCUCCCGCUCUGCAUAAGCCUGGCGCAGUUCGGGGUCUCCGCCGCGCUGACGGCUGCGGCGGCCUCGGCCACAUCUUCGGGCGUGGUGCUGAUGGGGCGGCAGCACCGGGCGCUGCUGCUCCUCCUGGCGCGGUGCCCCUUGGCGUCGUCUGGAUGCUCGGCUUCGUGCUCCUUACCGCGUCCAUGGCCCUCGUCAGCGCCGCGCUGGCGGGCGUUGUACGCUCCCUGGAGCCGCUCGCCAGCGUUCUGCUGGGCCUGGCCACCGGCGAGCGGUGCUCCCUGAAGGUGCUCGGCACGCUGGCGCUGGUCUGCGGGGGCGCGGUGGUCGCGUCUAAGGGCGGCGGCUCGCUGCACGCCGGCGGGGUGGCGCUGGCGGUGCUGUCGAACUUCGCCUUCUGCUCGCGCCCGCUACUGGCCAAGCGGCUGCGGGCCGGGCUUGCCGCGGGGGAGCUCGACGACACCAGCAUCUUCUUCAAUGUGACUCUCAUCGGCACCUGUGGGCUCGUAGUGGCCACUCUGCCGCUGGAGGGGGCGGCGCUGAUGUCGAGCCUGGAGCUGCUGCGGCAGAGCGGGCAGGUGUCGCAGUUCUACUUGGACAUGCUGCUCAACAGCCUCAGCUUUUUCCUGUACCAGUACGCGCAGCUGCGCGUCAUGUCCCAGAUGGCUCCUCUGAGCUUCUCCGUCCUUACGCCCGUCAGCAAGGCCCUGCUCAUCCUGGUCUGCGCCGUCUACUUCGGCGACCCGUUCGGGGCCUCCAACGCCGCGGGGCUGGCGAUGCUGACCUCGGGUGUGUUCGCGUUCACGGCGGCCCGACGGGCGGACGCACAGGCCCUCGCCGAGAAGAGCGCCGAGAAAGAGCGAUAAGAGCAGGAGCAGUGGGGGCGUUUUGUCGGAGUCAGCGAGAAGUCGGGACGCUUCUCGUUCACGAAUUGUACUGCUCGUCGUCUUCGUGGCUGUGCGUUCCUUCGCUCUUCUUUCGCCUCGGCCUGUCCGUCCCAGUGAACGCUGCGGGUCCCCGUCCGUGCGUUCUCCCACAAUGGGCGCUCGAAAAGGCGCCAGGGUAGCCUGGCGGUUGCCCGAUAAGUUGUCAUGUGUCGUGUGAGGCGAUGCCGCUUGGCCUUUUGUUCAUGGCGUGAUUGCACGCUUGUUAUAUUCAAGGGCAUGUGAAUGGAUGCGGGCACCUCGUUUUCUUGCGCGCGAGAGAGAUAGAUGUGCGUGAACGCGUGCGCCCACAUAGGUACAGACAUGCGUGCGCAUGACGUGCAUUCGAGGCUUGUCUUGCGAAGGUCGUGUCUCUCUCCUCCAUGUGUAGUGAAAUAUAUGUAUCCGCGGGUCGCCAUCAGAGCCGCAUGCGAUGCGAUACGUUGCAUGGCUCCGUUGCCUCGGCACCACAUUUUCCAUUAUUGCGUGCCGCCCGCAUAUUUUUAGUGCGCCAUACAGCCACAGCGCAUCCAUGAAA